UUCCUACUCUCAGGCUAGAUAACACUCUCGCACUUCCCACUCCUGAAUGAGAGGGUGGGAAAUUAAAUAGUCGAGAAGACAAAAAGGACACACAGCUCCUCUCCAGUAGACACAGGGCAUUUUCCACCUGGCAACAUUUCUUAAUGGAACAAAUGUGGACUCAUCAGGAGCGGCCAAGCAGGGCAUGGCGUUAAGCAGACUCCUGCUGCUCUGUUUGGUAGCCUCUGAGGUGGAACUGAGGACUGUGGAUGCUGAGACUAAAUCCAUAGAAUUUGUGUGUAAUAAAGGCGCCAGGAAGGCUUUAAACAUUGUGGCAGAGGUGAAAAAUGCACUGAGUAACUGCAACUCCUUGACGCGCCUCUCCACACCGGUUCAGCUCCCUUGUAUCCAGCUACAUGCAGCAUCUUGGGAAAACAAAUCACACCAGGAGAAAAGAGGAGACAUUGUUUCAUCCUUGAAGCUUCUUAUUGAAGGUGUGAAGGCUGCCAGAGCUCUAAACCAGCCAGGAUGUGUCGCUUCACUCCUGCAGAGACUAGAGACCAACAUCGACAACUACAUGCUCAUUCUUGGAAACCUUCAGCUAAGUCAGGGGCCGGUGGUGAGCCCAGCUCUGUCCUGUGUUCCUCAAAGCACCCACAACCUUAGCACAAUCCUGCUGAACUACAAACAACUGAUUACUGGCAAAUUGGAGAGAUUUAUGGUUGACCUGGAAAACAGAUGCACUUCCCAGUGACUCAAAAUGAACUUCAGUUAACCCAGUGUUCCUCAGAUACUGGAAAUGAGCUCAGCAGGGGCUGAUGACCAUUAAAGAAGAAAAAUUAAGAGAACAUAACCAUCUGGUUUUAUCAUCUCCUUGUGCUUUUGUGACAUGUCUAAUUUAUAUAAUAGUGAUGUUUUGUGCAGUUGGAUGUAAAAUAGUUCCCUCUGUUAGUAAAACGACCUACAACAGGAAAAGUAGAGAAAAACAAAUAGCUGUGAUGCUUAGACAAUUAUUUACUAACUUUCAAAUAAACCUGUUGUCCAAGACUUGUUAUGCUCCUAAGGUGGUACAGCUGGGGUAUUGCAAAGUGGAUGGUGACCCAAAGCAAAUACCCAUGCACUAUAAUGUGUUGUUUUAAUGUUUUUUCUAUGUAAAUACGGCAUAACAUUCCUUGCACAUUUGGUAAAAAAUUGUAGAAGAAGAAUAGAAAAUGUCUAUGAACUAGCCUGCUUCUUAGGUGUAGCUAGUGGGGAGAUUUUCUCCACGACACUUUAAAAUUAGGCUUAUGUUCACAUAUUGAUCGCAAACCUGGUUGGUUUGGUGUAAAUGUGCAGGUGUUUCAAUGAAUAACUUUUUUCAGGGCAUAAAAUUAGUCUCAUUUGAAUUGGUAUAAUUCUGGGUGUAGAUACUCCAGCUGUUUCCAUACUUUGCAUUUAAAAUUGUAAAUUCUAUUUUCGUACUUAACUGUUUCUGAUGCUGUUUUUAAUAUAAAAAUGAAACCUAUUUGACACAGACAUGUAUUUACAUAGCAUGUUCAUUUUUUCUUAUUUUUGUUUUACAGCUAUUAAGACUCAUCCUAUUGUUGCCCGAAUAGGCACCAUCAGUGUGUGCUCAGGUGAAGGAAAACUAAUGGUUUGGGUUUUAACUUUGAUAUUUGGCAACGGAACAGUUGUUUUCUGAGUGGGAGUCACAGAUAGUGAAUGCCCUGUGUUCACCUUUUGCAGUUCUAGACAUUCUAGACGUUCUAGUCCAGUGGUUCUCAAAUGUUGUGGCAAGGCACACUAGGGAGACAUAAGGCAAGUCUAGGUGUGCCGUGGGAAUUUGUACAAUACGUUAUUACUACAACUUUAUGGCAAGUCCUGUAACCAUGCCUGCCAACAGAUCUGGCUCGACCCCUGAAAAAAAAACCAGAGAAUGGGCCCUCCCCAGUUGGGAUUUAUUGAUGAUAUCGGUGUAUGUGUGUUUCAUUAGUAGCAUUGGUGCUAGCAUCCUGGCUAACA